AAAAAAGGAAAAAAAAAAAAGAAACAACAUUGCCUAUACUUUUCCCGACGGGUUUAAUCUCAUUUGCCUCGAGAAAUGAAUUCCACCGCCGUGGUUCGCGCCACCGCGGCGCUGCAGCUCCCGACCCCGCGUUCCCACCCCGCCGGAACUAGCUGCACGGCCUCCUCAGUCGCCGAGAAUCUGGCGAUAGACUGCCGGAAUCUCAGCUACUCUGUUCAGACCCGGCAAGGAAAGCUCGUUCCGAUUCUCAAAGACUGCUCGCUCAGCAUCCCCACCGGACAGUUCUGGAUGCUGCUCGGCCCCAACGGCUGCGGAAAAUCUACCCUCCUGAAGAUUUUGGGUGGCUUCUUGAAUCCAAGUGGUGGAUAUUUGCGUGUGAAGAAGCCGAGGAGUUUUGUGUUUCAGAACCCUGAUCAUCAGGUUGUUAUGCCCACGGUGGAGGCAGAUGUGGAAUUUGGCCUUGGCAAACUCAAUUUAACAAAAGAUGAGGUUACUUCUCGAGUGGCUAAAGCAUUGGAAGCUGUAGGGAUGUAUGAAUAUUUACAAAGACCAAUUCAAACUCUUAGUGGUGGUCAGAAACAAAGGGUCGCCAUAGCUGGGGCGCUAGCAGAAGCAUGCCAAUUAUUGUUACUAGAUGAACUUACAUCAUUUUUGGAUGAAAAUGAUCAGGUCGGGGUUUUACGAGCUGUUAAAAGCUCUCUGGCCAGUUCCUCUGGAGCCACAGCACUAUGGGUUACCCAUCGUCUGGAAGAACUUGAAUAUGCAGAUGGUGCUGUCUACAUGGAUGACGGCAAGGUUGUUUUGCAAGGAGAUGCUUCAACCAUAUUGAAAUUUGUUGAGGCUCAGCAAACGUCUUAUUUGAACCAAAUCAAUAUAUUACGGUACUCCUGUGUGGGCAUAAAGAAGGAAAAUUUUGACGAGCCUUUUGGCACCACAAUGGGCCCACAUGUCCUCUCCCUAACCUCUAUCCCGACUUUCAACACCUUGGUCAACAAAACCGCGUUGACCAGCUGGUCCGAGUGCACCGGCCACGCGGCCACCGGCACCCCCAUGCUCAUGCUCUCCACACACGAAUUCCAUCCGCAGUGGCUCAGAAACCCGCCCGUCCCUCGAUUCGCGAGGAUCUCCAGCUGUGGGGCCCACUCCCGAACGACCAUCCCUCUCCCCUUCACCCUCUCCUCGAACCCCUCGGGUAAAACCGGCUCUCGAAUCUCGCCCCUAAAGAUGUCUCCCUUGUCCGCGUCCCUCAAAGCCCAAACAAACUUGUGCCGGCUUCUCUCGAGCCCUAUCGCGAUCUCCUCGAUUUGCUCGUCCGUAAAACAAGACGUCGUCCCGAACGAGACGAACAUCACCGAAUCCGGUUCCUGCCUGUCGAGCCAAUCGAGGCAUCCGCUCGGCCGCCUUUCGGUUGUAUCGAUUUCGACCGGGUUAAACGGGCCGAGAGCCCACUGCUUCUGCGCCGCCAGUGGCCGUUGCGGAAGCCGAGGGGUAAAUGUGCUCGGGAAAUUGGGCCGACGAGUGCGGGUUGGGCUGAGGGUUUUCGAACAAUGGGGUGGGGAACUCGUGGAAAGUGAUACCGUGGGCUCGGAUGCCGUGGGCCCGGAGCUUGGCCUGGCGGAUGUGAGUGGUGGUGCCGACGUAGUGUAUGGGGAGGUUGGCGGCGGAGGCGAGGCGGCGGGAGAGGUGGAGGAGCUGGUUCAGGUGGCCUUGGGCCGGCAGCGGGACCAUCACAACUGCCAC